UCAAACAAACAACCACAACAAUACAUUCCAAUUUAAUUAAAAAAGUUAAAGAUACCGCUCCAUCUACAAAAAAAAAAAAUAACAAAAAUGUGUCCAAAAAAUUCAAAAGCUCCCAUAUUUUUAAUUGGUGGCAUAUGCUUUGUCAUCAUAUUGGUGGCCAUAUGCGGCAUAACACUCAUCAAUAAUAUCAAUUUAUCAAAUAUCAUACGUUUAAAUGAAAAAGUUGCUAGCGAUAGUAUGUCACCAAAUAAUCAUCAUGAGGCAUCACAAGAUUAUGAAGACAAUGCCAGCAGUCACAGCAACAGUCAUGACAAGGAGAGACUUAUGGCAGGAGAUAUUACAAAUUAUGAACAAAAUCAUCCCAAAAAUAUUUAUAGAUAUGAUAAAGAGACUGGCAUGAUGUCGAAUAUUAAUGUGGAUAAUAAACAACAACAGCAACAGUCAUUUGCUACUCCUUCUACGACAUCAACACUGGACUCAAAGGCUGCUUUAAGACAAACCGAAACUGUUGCAAAUGUAGAUUCUAGUGCAAAGGGUUUCUGGCAAAAUGACAAAAUCAUAACGAAUGAAAGAAAUAUUGACAGUUUACAAAUACAGGAAAUCAAUGCGAUUGAGUCUUCCUCCUCCUCUUCAUCUUCUUCUACGACAACAACGAGUAUCAUUGAUAAUGAUUUGUUAAAUCAAGUUUUAGAUUCUACUUCCCUAUCAACUACACCUUCUACUUCCACUUCCUCCACAUCCGAGUCGUCUUCUCUGGCGGCCUUAACUCCUCCGUCUCCUUUUGUUCUUGUUAUAAGUGACAAGAAUACUUCCAUGAUUGAUUAUGAGAAACGUUCGCAUGUUGUUAAGGUAUGAUUCUUUGAAAUAUUAAC